UUUUUUUUAGUUUUUUAAUACUAACUAAUAUCGUUUUGAUCUAAUGCAAAGCGUUCAAUAUUGAAUAUUUUAACUUAUAAGAUUUUGGUCAACUGCGUUUUACUAAUGGGUUUUUUGUCUUCAUCAAGUUAAACGUGAUCUGCAAAAAAUUGAGGGAGAUUGGCUAAAACGCAAUUUGCAAUACUAGCUCUUACUUCUUAUAGUAGUAUGAAACUCAGGUCCAAAAUCGUUUUAUUCGAUUUUUAGGUGGUGCAUAUUUGUACGAAAUGGAAGAUCUGCCGAGCUCAAGCAGUUAUUCAUUGGAUUCAAGUAACACAUCUAAGUCAGAAGAUAUUCCUACUGAUCCACAUUCACCUUAUUCUGGUGAUUUUGGUGAAUAUUUUUCUGAACAAUAUUCUGUUCUAAAGUUGGUGUUGUCUUAUCUAAAUUAUUAUGAUCUCAAUACACUUCGGGAAGUCAACAGUUCAUUAAAAAUAGCUACUGAUAUACUAUUAAAAAAACGUACAUGGAUUCAAGCAGCUUCUCUAAAUUAUAUGCAUGGGACUGAUCAUCGGCCAGAGCCGAUACACAGUGGACAUUUUAUCGACUUAAGAAUUGAACCAAAAGUAUUGUUUACUUUUGAAGGUAUGGCUGGAGGACCUUCCUCUAGAUCCAGACCAAAAAUUUGUAUGCGUUUACGAGAUAGAAAUGAUAACCGUUUCUUUCCCAGAAGUGACAUAGUGCCAAAAUCAGUCAAAACAUUUGUACCAGUUGGCGCUAAAGGUAUUAUUUAUCCAGACAAAAAUGAAAAAAAUGAAUUAAUAACUGUUCAGACCAUGAUGCAUAAAAAGCUGGCACUUCUCUACUUGCCUACAACUGACAGUUACGAUGUGAGUGUAUUUACACGUGUAGUUACAUCCGACUCAUUUGCACAAGAACCAAUACUUGAAUUUUUUCAAUCUGAUCCACGCCCUAUAAGAGGAAUAAUAUUUUUAAAAGUCGGUGCACCACAUAUUGAUGGAAUGAUCAGGUUUAUUGUCAAAAUGGUGUCUAACAAUCAGUCUGAACCAUUUGCAUUGUCUGGAGGUCAUGUAUCAAGUUUAGAUUAUGAUAAUCCACCAAAAAAAAAUAUUCCUGGUGUUUUGAAGGCAAUUAUAUUUCGUGGAGAUGGUAUACGUUGUGUGUCAGAUUUCAUUAGUUCUACAACAGAUGAUGGAGUGCUUGAAGGAUUAAAACUCACUGCAUUGCAUGUUGACAAGACUAUUGGGAAAUUGAACAUUCAUAAGACAUUCAUAAUGAUGUUCCAGUGCGUAGAUAGACAUUCAUUGCCUAUUGAAGAUAAUACUCUUAUUGCAAAAGUAUUUCCAAAUAUACCAAUAUUUGGUAUGCAAACUUGGGGAGAAAUUGGAUUUAGGUCUUUUAAAACAAAUGAAUUUAAAUUUGCUCCUAAAAAAAGAAAGUUAUCUAUAAUGCAUUCAGUUAAAACUACAUACAUUAUUGUUACUAUAGAUUAACAAUAAUAUCUAAUAUUAAUUUUACUUGAAUUAUUUUUAAGUAUCUUAAUACUUUCAUUUUUCUUUGUUUUUAUACUUUUGAGUAGUUUAUAUUGUUUUCCUUUUAAAAUAUUUUAUUUUAUUUUUGAUUUUUAUUUUAUUUAUGGUUAUUUUAAUUUUAAAUAAUAUGACUGUGCAAAAUGUUAAAUAUACAUAAUCUGCAAUCUGAAGUCAAAAAACAAAAAGAAACCUCUUAUAAGUAAAGAUACAUCUUAUUUUACUGUGAUUUUUUUACCUUUAUUUUUUGAUUUAUAUUUUAGAUAAAAACUCAUAAUUUAAGUAGAGUAUUAUUUAUGUUUAUUAACCUAUAAAAUAUUUUUACUAUUAUUGUUUAAAAAACAUUAUGUUUAUUUUAUGGAUUGUGAAAAUAUUAAUUUUGCCACAAUUUGUAAUAAAUUUUUAAAAUAUAAUAUAAUAAUAUUGUUAUAAACAAAAUAGUUCAAUUUGGUUUAUUAGUUUAAACAAUACUUAGAACAUUUAAUGUCAAUAAUUUUAGUCAUAUUUUAUAAAAACCUUGUAAUUUUCAUAAAAUGUCUGCAUUCAAUUAAAUACGUUUUGAAGUAUACAGGCCCCAGGGUGCACCAGGACUUUUUAACAAAUAUAGUAACAUUUGUUAUGGAAGUUUGUUAAUAGUCUUGUUACACCUUAUAUGUAUUUACAUAGUUUAAACUAUAUAUACCAUAUUUAUUUUUUAUUUUUAAUUAUUAUGUAUAAAAUUAUUUGGCUGUCUUAAUUUUUUUUUUAUAUAUUAAUAAUUUUGUAUAUUCGUACAAAGAUAAGUUACUGUAAUUUAAAAUUUAAAAUUUGUAAGAUUAAGGAGUAAAAUUAUAUAUAGCAUUUGAUCACUUGUUUUAAUUUUAUUCUUAAAUUUAUGUAUCAAUAAUGCUUUUCAUUAUACUAAGACUAGUUAAAUAAUUAACAAAAUGUUUUUAUAGCUAGAUCAAUUAUAUUUAAGACACAUUAUUCAAGUCUGAUGUAAUGUUCACAUAAUUUUUGAAGUACAGUAAUUUGCGAGCUGAUCUCAAAAUGUAUCAUUCCCAAAGUAAUUUUUAUCUUUAUCCUAAUUGUUUUGAAAGACUAUAGUGAAUAUUCACUUGAAAUUUUAUGUUUAUUAUGCUCUAAAAGACUUUAUAGUUUUAUUAUAUUCUUGAGAAUUUGUGUUUGAUAUAUUAAAGGUCUUAUAAUUAGUAUUUUAUACAAUUACUAAACUAUUAAUAUUAUUUAAACCAUAGUCUUAUAUUUUUAUUUAUUUUAAAAAUAUUAAAUUGUUAUUUUAUUUUAUUAAACCAUUAUCUAUUUAUAUUUUUAUUCCCACCUAAUUGGUACAUAUUAUGUAUUCAUCAUACUAGAUUUUUAAUUAAUAUUUAUAUAAUUUUAUGUAUUCAUUUUUGUUUGCAUCCAUAAGACUUACAAAUGUUUGAAUAAUUUUUUACAACAUAUAAUUUCUAUAAACUUAUAUUAUGUUAAUAUUAUACAAUAAUAUUUUACAACAUAUUAUUUUAUUGAAUUUUAAUUUUUAAGUAUUUAUUUAAAAAUACUCUGUAUUACAAAAUAACAUGAAGAUGGUUAUAAUUUAAUUGUUAAAUUCGAUAUCAACUGUUCUUAUCAUAUAAGUGAAAAAUUGUCAAAAUAUAUAAUUUUAUAAUUUUUGAUAUAUAUAAAUUGUGAUUUAUAAAUUAUUAGUUUUUACUAAGUCCAAUAAUAAAUAUUUUGAUUGAAAAAUGUAUGGAAUUCCUUUGAAACAGUUGAAAGUAACAGGGUUAAGUAGCCUUUACUAAUUACUUGGUCAAAAUUAAUUUUAUAUAAUUACUCAUACAUUAUAUUUUUAAUCAUUAAAUAAUAUUAUAGAUUAUCUUUCACUAGUAUUAAUUAUUGUAAGUACAUCUUGUAUACCUUAAAACAAUUAUUGUUUAUACCUAUCUUGUAAAAUAAAACAUUAUAUUCUAUGCUUUA